AUGGAGCCUCCCGUCGAACUCACUCGCCGUGCACAACCUGAUACUACGGCCGACUCUCCAGGUCCUCAAAGCUCAACGGUACCACCUCGACUCAGCGUGGACUUUGGCUGGCGGAAAUUCAAAUCGCUCCUUUCUGACGAGAAUACGCCCAACGCAGAGCCCCUAUACAUCCUCGAGUACCAAAUCGCCAAGAAGCGUCUCAAAUUCAAGCGCUAUUCCACCGGCGAGGUAUUCGGCCUCGGCGAUCUGAACGUAGUCAGCAUCGAUGCCGACUACGAAGUUCACGGACGCAAAGACCAAAUCGUUGCGCAGAGUCGCCUGAAGACUUCCUACGCCCAUCGCUCCACUGCCGCAUCUACUACCGACAAGCCGGUCACCCUGACCUGGUCCAGUGAUAGCAAUUUCACCACAUGGGACUUUGUCUGCUGCGAUGAGCAGCAACUACCCGUGGCCAAGCUCACAAUGAACAUUUGGGGUCUAAAGAAGAUUGCCCGGAUUGAGUUUAUGGGCCUGGCGGAGCAGAACCAGGAAUUGCAGGAGGAACUGGUGGUGACCACGUUGACUUUGAGCUAUCAAAUGGGUUUGCGGACGGGUAAUCUGUUGAAUCUUGUCGGGGCUCUCUUUGCUCGCCCUGGUCAUGAACCCAAGGCUCGCGGUCCAGGUCACAAGACUGCUCCCUUCUCGUCUCCUCGGGCUUCCUUUGAAUCUAGACAAUCCCAGACCACUGCAACUGCGCAAGUUGCUUCUGGGACCGAUCUUCACUCGGCUAUUUAA